AUGUCCCCGAUUGCAAGACUAUACUGUUCAAUUGCUCUACUCCUGUGCUCCUGCUCGUUUGUGUACGCAUUUCUUCCGCAGCCAAAUGUCAGACACCACCAAGGCAGCGUCAUUCCGCUUUAUGAUGCCAACAACAACAACAAGGAAUGGGCGUCGAUCUCUUCGGAUGGCAACAUGAAUGUCAAACGGCCCACUGGCAGCUUGGGAAAGCCAAAGAAGAACAAAAAGAAACAGAUCUCGGAGGAAACCAAGACUUUAUCCAAAAAAGAACGUCAACGAACUGGAAAUGGAAAAGUUGAUAGUGGAGCAGGAGUAAAUGCCACCACUUUGCAUCCGUCUCAGCAGGGGGUUCAAGUCGUUCGAGGAAACCGAGGCAACAAAACUGUGACAAUCGUUCAAGGAAUGAAUGCUACCGCGAUUGAUGACAAGAAAAAAAUCCUAAAAACUCUAAAAGGCAAGCUGGGCGUUGGUGGUACUUUGGUAGACGGAGUUUUAGAAAUACAAGGGACGCAUACUGAGAAAGUGGUGGAACUUUUGAAAGGAAUGGGGUAUGCCAAGGCAAGGAAAGUAGGAAAAUAG